UUGAAAAGAGUUAGAAGAAUUGAACUUUUUCUAAAGGAAUUUAUUGGUAUAUAAACUGGACCAAGUUGGUUACAAACAUAUCUUUUAUCUGUUUGUUAGUGAAUUGAUCAAGUUUAUACACCAAUGAAUUCCUUUAAAAAGGUGUUAAUCCUAUAUCGUUAUAGAAAACUGAACAAGGAUCCUUAAAUUAAAUGGUCCCCCCCAAAAUUAUAAAAAAAAACAUCAUUUACAUCUAUAUAAUUAUAGAAUAUUGAAGAUGCCAAGAAGAAAAAAUUGGAGAGCAGCAGAGGCUAAACUUGGUGUGAAGAACCCAAAGAAACAGAAACUGACGAACUUGACUGGGGAUACUGGCCCCAUUAACAGUACAGAAUUUGACCUUGACGUGGGUGAUACUGACACCCUCGUCAACAGUAACUCAAAUAACUUGGGGGUUACUGACCUUCACUCAAAUUCAAAUAACAGUAUUAAUAGAAAUGUGAAAAAAAAUUCUCAAAAUUAUACUGAAACAGUUAAUCUGUCACUUAAAAAUCAAAUUGAACAAUCUGAAUUGAAUCAAAAUGAGUUAUCUGAAUUUAAUCAGCUUGAACAAUCAGAAUUAAACCAACUUGAAUUACCGAAAUUGAAUCUAAAAGAACUUUCUGAAUUGAACCAACUUGAACUAACAGAAUUGAACCACCUUGAACUAUCAGAAUUGAACCAACUUGAACUAACAGAAUUGAACCAACUUGAACUACCUGUAUUGAACCAACUUGAACUACCUGUAUUGAACCAACUUGAACUACCUGUAUUGAACCAACUUGAACUACCUGUAUUGAACCAAAUUGUACUAUCUGAAUUAAAUGAAAUCAGUUACAAUACUUAUGCAAAUGAAACUGCUCAUAGCUCUUAUAAACAAACAAAUAUUCUGUCAAAUCAAUCGAAAAACAGUUAUGCAAAGAAAGAUUCUCCUAGUAUGAUGCCAGAACAGAAUUAUCAUGAUUAUAAAGAAAAAGAAGUAUUUAAAAGUGUUAAUUUUUUUAAUAACCACUUUCUUAAAUUUGGAACAUUUGACCAGUAUGCCAAAAAAUUUGAUGACCAAAGCAGGGGCAACCAAUGUACUUGUAAUUGCUUAGUUUUCUUAUCACUGGCAACUUUAAAUUUUGACCAAAACACUGUGGACCUUGAUUACAUUUUAAAUUUAGGAGAUGGAAUUUAUAGGAAGCAUGUUCAAAAACUAACUUUACAGGGAUUGUUUCAAUGUAUGCUUUUAAAUUUUGAUGAAAUUCCUGUUAAGAUAGAAAUUCCACAAGGGAUUUUUACAUUUAAGAAACAACAAAUACUGUUCGGUAUAGCUUUACAGUACAAAGAGUUGACUGGAUAUCUCACAUUACAAGAAGCAAUUCAAAAUUGUAUUAAGCAGUCAAACAAAUUUCUUAUAAUGAUUGGAGCCAUAUGUUCUGCAGUUUAUUAUCAUAAUCAAAUAUACUACUUUUUUGACACUCAUUCUCAUUCAGAAUGUACACUGAAUAAUCCAUUAGAUUCCUCAGGCAAAAGUAUCUUGAUUGGAUUUGCUGAUUUACAUGACCUUGUCAGUUACUUGUAUGCUUUUUACACAAGUUUAAAAAUUGAUUUAGACUCACAAUAUGAAAUUCUCCCUGUAUGCAUCAGUUGUGAAGAUACAGGCACAGAUAUAAACAAGCAGAUGCAGAACUAUUUUGAAGAUCAGAAACUAAGAAACACAAAACAAAAAAAAAUUGGUUACCAGUAUUUAAAUUCUUGUGACCAGGAAAAUUCUGUUAGCACUGACAAUGAUGAUCAAGCAGUUCUGUCCAAGAGUAAAGUUACUACAAAGGUACCCAAAUUUGUGUAUAUGAAACAGUACAUGCAAAAUAAAAGAAAAAAGAAAACAUUUAGGGAAAAAGAAAGACAAAGGGAGUUAAAUUAUAAAAGAACUGUAAGAAAGGACAAAGAUUUUAGAAAAGCUGAAGCAGUAAGUAAGAAGGCUCAAAGAGAUAAUUUUGAUUUAAGACAGAAAGAGAGACAACGAGAAAUUGAUUCUAAAAGAAAAGCAAGAGAGAAUAAGGAUUUUAGAAAAGCUGAAGCAGUAAGUAAGAAGGCUCAAAGAGAUAAUUUUGAUUUAAGACAGAAAGAGAGACAAAGAGAAAUUGAUUCUAAAAGAAAAGCAAGAGAGAAUAAGGAUUUUAGAAAAGCUGAAGCAGAAAAUAAGAAGUCUCAAAGAGAUAAUUUUGAUUUAAGACAGAAAGAGAGACAACGAGAAAUUGAUUUUAAAAGAAAAGCAAGAGAGAAUAAGGAUUUUAGAAAAGCUGAAGCAGAAAAUAAGAAGUCUCAAAGAGAUAAUUUUGAUUUAAGACAGAAAGAGAGACAACGAGAAAUUGAUUUUAAAAGAAAAGCAAGAGAAAAUAAGGAUUUUAGAAAAGCUGAAGCAGAAAGUAAGAAGUGUCAAAGAGAGAAUUUUGAUUUAAGACAAAAAGAGAGACAACGAGAAAUUGAUUGUAAAAGAAAAGCAAGAGAAAAUAAGGAUUUUAGAAAAGCUGAAGCAGAAAGUAAGAAGUGUCAAAGAGAGAAUUUUGAUUUAAGACAAAAAGAGAGACAACGAGAAAUUGAUAUUAAAAGAAAAGCAAGAGAAAACAAGGAUUUUAGAAAAACUGAAGCAGACUGUAAGAAGUCUCAAAGAAAUAAAAAUUCUUAUUUAAGACAAAAAGUGAGACAAAGAGAACUUGCUUCUAAAAGAAAGGCUAGAAAACAAGAUAUUUUUAAAACAAAUGAAGCAGAAAAGAAAAAAAUUGCAAGGCAGGACGAAGAUUAUAGAAAACGUGAGUUCCAACGAGAUUUGCUAAGGAAACAAGAUUAUAGGUCCAAACCCAAAAAUUUGGAAACUGAGCGUUUGGCAAAACAGAGUUCUAGACGUAAAAACAUUGACAAAGACAGAAGUUAUAAUCAAUCAAUCAAAAAUUGUAAAAGAACAAACCCUAAUUUUACAGAUCAUGAAAGAGAUUUAAAAAAGAAAAAAACUCAGGGUACAACCCUUGACACCUGCAUAAGAAAUUUUAAAACAAAAAUUAAUGAAGGUCCUACAUAUAUAUGUACUUCUUGUCAUCAAACUUGGUUCUGUGAUUCUGUAGUAAAUGCUAACACUGUUAAAAUGAAUACUCCUGCUAACAUGUCUCAUUGUUUUACCAAUUUUGAAUCUGUACAACACAUAGAAUGGAUAUGCCACACUUGUCUUAAUGCAAUUAAAAAACAAAAAACUCCUCGAUUUUCAAUAGCCAAUAAAAUGGGAUUUCCUCAAAGACCUAAAGAACUAAAUUUGUAUCCUUUAGAAGAAAGACUGUUAUCAUUAAGGAUUCCUUUUAUGCAGAUUCGACAGUUGCCAAGAGGUGGACAGUUAUCAGUUAAAGGCAAUGUUGUAAAUGUGCCUGUUGAAGUUCAACCUACAAUAAAUUCACUUCCACAUACAUUAGAGAAAUCAGGUACAAUAUCAGUUAAACUGAAAAAAAAACUGGCAUUCAAAAAGUGUGAUUUUAGUGAAAAUGUGAGACCAUUUGCUGUCAUUUGUGCAUUGCAUUAUUUGAUGAGAACAAGUGACUUGUACAAGUCUUCUGGAAUAGAAAUAGAUGAGCAUUGGAUUACUGAAAUAGCAAAAAUAAAUGAAGAAGAAACACAAAAUGAACAAAAAACUACAGAACAAGAGGAUAUCCAAGAUAAAAAUGAUUUAGACGAUGACUCUGAUCAUUUCAGUGAAGUAGAUGAAAAUGAAACACAUGUUGGUAAUACAGAUACACUAUUAGAUCACAUUCCAGACGACAAUCCACCAUGUGAUACAAAUUUAACUUUUGCUCCUGGUGAAGGUCAACGACCAAUUAGCCUCUAUAAUGAUCCUGAUGCAGAGUACUUAUCUUUUCCAUCUAUAUUUUGUGGUCUAAGAAGGCCAGAUAAUAAAGACAGGUCUGUUUCUGUUCACUAUUCUGAUAUUGUAAAAUGGGAACUAAGGUCCAUGGAUAGGAGAGUAGCACAAUCUGUACCGAACAUUUUUUUUAAAUUAAAGAAAAUUCAGUUAAAAAACAUAAGUGAUAAGGUCAAUCUUGCUCUAAGAAGGUGUCAAUCAGAAGGAAAAAAAUGGACAGCAAAAGAUGUACUGAACCCUAACACUGUAAAUGAUCUUGUAAGAUUGGAUGAGGGUUAUUAUAUCUUUAGAAGUUUAAGAAACUCUCCAGUAUACCUUGAAAAAAGGAAAAAAGAUUUAUUCGCAAUGAUCAGACAGUUGGGUCUUCCGACAUGGUUUGGCUCUCUUUCAUCUGCUGACACUAACUGGAAAGAUUUGUUACGAAUUCUAGGCAAAUUAAAUGAUGGAAAAGAGUAUACUGACAAUGAAUUGGAAGAAAUGGAUUGGAAUCAGAAAUCUAAACUUGUUCAGAAAGACCCUGUGACAUGCUCUAGAUAUUUUGAUUAUCGUGUCCAACAGUUUAUCAACUUGGUCUUGAAAAGUGAUCAUGAUCCAAUUGGAAAAUUAACAGAUUUUUUUUAUAGAGUUGAAUUUCAACAGAGAGGUUCACCACAUAUUCAUAUCUUGAUUUGGAUUGAAAAUGCACCAGUAUAUGAAAGCGAUUCAAAUGAAGAUGUUGUAGCAUUUAUUGAUAAAUAUGUCUCUUGUUCACAUUCAGAAAAUGACACUAGUUUAGUCAAUUUGCAAGUUCAUAAACAUUCAAAAACAUGCAGAAAAAAAGGUCAUCCAAUAUGUCGUUUUGGUUUCCCCCUUCCACCUAUGAAAGCAACAGUAAUUUUAGAGCCUUUGAAAGAAAAUGAUGACAUAGAAAAAUACAAGGAAAUAUAUAAAGAAAUACAAAACGAAAUAAAUACACUUCACAAUUCUGAAGAUAUAGACCAGAUGACAUAUGAUAUGUUUUUAGAUGAUGUUUUACAAAUGAAUGAUGAAAAUUACAUUAAAGCCAUUAGAAGCAACUUGAGUGGUCCAAAAGUUUUUCUCAAAAGAAAACCAUCUGAAGUCCGUGUUAAUGGUUACAUGAAAACUGUGUUGAUAGCUUGGCAAGCAAAUCAUGAUUUACAGUUUGUUUUAGAUGCAUUUGCAUGUGCAGUGUAUAUUGUUUCAUACAUAAGCAAGUCACAAAAAGGUAUGAGUGCAUUACUAGACCAAGCAGCAAAAGAAGCACGACAGGGAAAUUUAGAUUUAAAGCAUCAAGUAAGGCACAUUGGAAAUUACUUUUCAAAUUCUGUAGAAACAAGCGCUCAAGAAGCAACAUACUUAACAUUACAGAUGCCUUUAACAAAAGCUACAAGACAAGUUGUCUUCAUUAACACAUCUCCACAACACAAAAGAACUUUCCUCUUAAAGCAAUCAUCAGCCCUAGAAAAACUAGGGCCAGAAUCUACUGAAAUAGAAUCCGAUAAUGAUAUUAAAAGAUACUCGCGUAGGCCAAAACAACUUGAAAACUGGUGUCUAGCAGACUAUGUAUCUCAGCUUGAAUUGCAGUAUCCUAAAACUUCAGAGUUAUCAGAUCAUGAAAAUGAAUCUGAAAGUGAAAAUGAACAGGCAAAUGCAGAUCUUAUAGAUGAAAACACUAACAAAAUCGACAUAACCCUGAAGAAUGGUAUUAGGAUAUACCAAAGAAAAACACCAAAGGUGAUAAGAUAUGUUAAAUACAAUUACAAGACUGACUCUGAAAACUUCUACAGAGAACGCUUAAUGUUAUUUUAUCCAUGGAGAAAUGAACUUUUAGACUUGCAAUGUGGACAUGAAACAUUUGAAAACAUGUACCUGACUGUUGCAAGACUGUUAGAAAAGAAAGCUAAGCAAUAUGAAGGUAAAGUAAUAGAUCUAGAGAAAGCUAUAGAAGAGGCAGAAAAUGAUUGUAAUGAGAAUGAUCAAAUAGCACCUGCCACACAGCAAGUAGAAAUGGAAGAUGCUGAAAUAGGCCCUACAGAAUCAGAACAGUAUGUUCAUUUCAAUCCAGAUAGACCAACAGAACAUAGACUGUAUGAUAUGUCCCGUGAAGUUGGAAUAGAAGCAAGAACAGUAGAAUUGACGAAUCAUGCCAACAUAAUAAGUGAAAGUGAUUAUUUUUCAUUGAUAAGAUCCUUGAAUAAGAAACAGUGGGAAUUUUUCCAACAUGUUGUCACAUGGAUUAAAACAAAACAUGAACCAUUUUAUACAUUUUUGACAGGUGGAGCAGGAUGUGGAAAAUCUGUUGUUGUCAGAGCAAUAUUUCAAGCUUUACACAGACACUUGUGUUCUAUUGAAGGUGAGGACCCUGAUGAUAUUAGAAUUCUUCUGUGUGCUCCUACUGGAAAGGCAGCUUACAAUAUAAAUGGUUUGACUAUUCACAAUGCAUUCCAAAUACAACCAAAUAAAGGACUUGACCAGUCACUGUCAUGUGAUGUUCUAAAUACACUCAGAAUGAAAUACAGAAAUUUGUCAGUGAUUUUGAUUGAUGAAAUUUCAAUGCAAAGGAUUGACAGCACUAGCUCCUAA